AUAACGGCACAUGGACUAUGGACUUGAUCAUGUCUAUACGUUGCUAACAGGAAAUUCCGUGGAAACAAUACCUAAUCCCUUUUAUAUUAGGAGCAAGCUGCCAUCCGGCUUAGAACUCCCACAUUUCAUCCGACUAAAGUCUACACGGUCAGUGCAUCUCCGCCGUAACAACCGCCGUAACCACCAGUUUGGGUUGAAAGUUUUUGUGAGUAUUUCUUGAUUUCUAGCGAUGUCGGAAACGUCUCUGAGGCCGAGACCUGUUGUUUCCAAGCAAGCAUCUCAAUCAAGAAGCAGCACCAACAACCAUGAGCCUGGUGAAACACCAAGAUCCCCAUCGAAGCCACCCAGUUUAUCUCAACGUGCGAUCUCGCAGACCUUGACAAGCACGGCAAACUUAGCCAACCUUCUUCCUACAGGCACGCUCCUGGCCUUCCAACUCCUCAUGCCGAUCUUCACCAACAACGGAUCGUGCGAUUCCGCCACCCGCCCCAUGACCCUCGUCCUCCUCUUGCUCCUCGCCCUUUCCUGCUUCCUCGCUUGCUUCACGGACAGCGUCAAGUCAUCGGAUGGACAAGUUUACUACGGUUUCGCAACGUUCAAAGGGAUAUUCCUGUUUGACUACCCCGAUCCCACAGGUUCAACCCUGCCCGACCUGAGCAAGUACAGAAUCAAGUUCAUUGAUGGGGUUCACGCAGUCUUGUCUGCGCUCGUGUUCGGUGCUGUGGCUUUGAGAGACAAGAACGUUUUGAGCUGUUUCUAUCCGACACCGAAACACGAAACUCAGGAGGUUCUGAGCAUCGCACCAGUCGGAAUCGGGCUCAUUUGCAGUUUGUUGUUUGUGGUGUUUCCAACCAGAAGACACGGAAUUGGCUACCCGAUCACACCUGCCAAAUAGUUGUUCAUUUUGUUCAUCUUCCCCUUCUCCCUAUUUAUUUAUUUAUUUUAUUCAGAAAUAAUAGAAUAAAUUACACAAGUUAAAUUAAUUUUGA